CCCCAUAUCUCAGCUAUGACUAACAACAGCCGACCACAGACCACAGUUAUUUACGCUAUAAGUUCUAUAAACACCGCUUGUAACAUGAUGAUAACGUGUGUUGUUCUGUUGCUGGUCGCGUGUUUAACCGUCCAAGAGUCUGAAGGUUGGGGGCGAUGGAUUCGAAUUCGAGGGACAUUUCCAGGGCCAUUUGGAAUAAGAGGGCGGUCAGCGACAGGUAGAGAUGUUGCGAGAGACCUCGACACAGAUCAGGACGGAUAUCUGGACGAGACUGAGUUAGAAAACCAUCUCAGUGAGCGAGACAUUCUCGACUUCAUAGCGGCUUUAGAUGAGAACGGUGACAACCUCCUGUCCAUUGAUGAAUUUAACAAGCAGUAAUCAAUUAAUCAGGAAAAUAAAAAAUAAAGAAAAGAAACAUGUCGUCUUGUUUCUGAACUGGGAAAACCCAGACGAUUGUUAUGAACAAAGAGCCAUUCAGGAAUUAGAAUAAAGCAGAUCUGAAUA